UUUAGUUUGCUUUACACUAUAGCUACUGCUGCAACUUUGAAAGGAAAGAUAAUAUCAAACGCUGUUAUUGAAGUAGAUGUAAGCAAGAUCGACUCUUCAACAACACGUGUGGCACUUAACGGUGCUCAACAUAUUGCUCAUAUCACAUCUAAAGGCGAAUUUACUUUUCCCAAUGUUAAGCCAGGCUCUUAUUUACUAGAAGUCCAAAGCAUUCAGCAUAUCUAUCCUAGACUGCGUGUUGAUAUAGAUGAAAAUGAUAACAUUCGAGCAUCUUAUACAGGUAUUGGUAAUGAUUGGAAUCAAAGGGGUUAUUCAGUAUCCCAUCCAUUUGAAUUACAAGCCAAAGCAGAAGCAGAAUACUUUAUGCAACGACAGGGAUUUAAUGUGAUGGGCAUGUUCAAGAAUCCUAUGUUCUUGAUGCUUGGAUUCAGUGCCAUUAUGAUGUUCUUUAUGCCCAAGAUAAUGUCUAGUUUGCAAGAUAUGGGUAAGUGUAAAAAGAUAGAAAACAAGGCUAACAUGUUCAAACAGAUCCUGAAGCUGCAAAAAAACUCAGUCAAUCUCAAGCUGAUGCACAAAAAAUGCUGUCCGAUAUGCCUAGUUUAUCUCAAAUGUUUGCUAAUCGACAAUAAACCCACGAUUGAGAUUAUUUUGACUUGUAGUACAAAUUGUCAAAAUGACUAUUUAAUGGCGCCAUUGAUCUAAGAAUCAUAUCAAGUUGUGGAAGUCGUCAUCACGACUUUAGGCUAUACUAAAAUAAGGCCAAAGUAUCUCUUUAUAGAGAAUAACUUGAGACUGAAUAUUCUGCAUUAAAAAAUAAAGGAAAUUGUUG